GAAAAGGUUUCAUUCUGGAAUAUUCUCUUGUCAAGUCAGGUAAGCCUUUUAUUAAAGAAAAUAUUUACCCAUCUCAUCUUCGCAAGUGAAGAAAUAAUUUAUGUAGAUCUAUUAUUCAUUCAUUCAUUGCUUCUAAGAUGGUCCACUUAUCCUAAUGUAGGCCAUCAUUAUGUUACCAAAUAAACUGUACCUUUUAUUUUCUUACGUUAAGUUUUAUCAAAGUAGUCCACACCAUUUAGCCACACCAUGUAGCCCACACCAUGUAUCCCACACCAUGUAGCCCACACCUUGUAGCCCACACCAUGUAGCUCACACCAUGUAGCCCACACCACGUAGACCACACCAUGUAGCCCACACUAUGUAGCCCACACCAUGUAGCCCACACCAUUUAGCCUACUCAAAAUCUUAUUUUUAAAACUGGAAUUCACAUUUCACUCAAUUAGUGUUACAAUUUUUUUUGUUGAUGGUAUCAAGCCAUAUUAUAUUCAAGAAAUAAAUUUUAUUACAGCGUCAUCAGAAUGCAUGCCAGGAAGGGUAACUCCAGUUUAUGCAGGUCGAAAUCCCCUGUACCAGCAAUUUUCUGUCGUAGCAUCCAAUAAAAGGUGAACACAUUUUUUAGAGCUUCUAUAACCCUCCCCCACCCCACCCACCUAUCUCUCUCACUAUGCAAAUGACAAAUUAUGUUUUCCCCUUUGACUUGUGACAGGAAAUUUUGGUCCGAGUUUUGUAUUAAUUCUUCUUUAAAACAGUUGCACAUGGAGGAUCGAAGCCAUAGAUAACUCUGGCCGUGAGGACUUGACCUCAGCCCUUGUCAUAGACGUGUACAACAUCCCUACAGUUUCGUGCAGCUAUGGCAAGUUUUUAAUCUAUGAUGGUAAGUAAGUGCGACUAUUCAUGAAUUCGAAACAAUUUGACAAAAAAAUAAUAAUGAAAUGAUAAAUUUAAGAUCAGUUGCUUUUUUUUCAUUCUAUUAAAAAAAAAUUAAUAAAUUUUAGUGACUACCACUUGUCUCCCCUUUGCUUUGCUCUGACAUUGACGUCCCAAAGUAAAUGUGCUAUGCCAUUUCUUACCCACCCUCCCUUGAUUGGGGAAAGGUUGUUUAUGUUUGAAUGCCUUAUUUGUUAUAAAGAAUGCUAUCACAUGAUGCAGAUUCUAGAAUUUCUUUACUUGAUAGUUCUGAUUUAAUCCAUAUAUAUAUAUAUAUAUAUCCUAACAGCUUUCCUGGCCGAGAAAGAAUUUUUGUUAUAUUUUCUAUAAGUGCUAGACUGUAAUCUUUAUGUGUGUGAAGAACUUAAUAUUUAUGUUUUUAUAGGAUUUUACCUUUUCACUAGCAGUAAGUUGAUAUAGUAUUUUGUUUAAGUAUACUUGAAUUUGUAUUUUAAUAUAAAUUUAAUAGUAUAAUUAAAUUGAACAUCUUUAGUAUUACUAGCACUACCUUCAGUAUCGUUUUUCUUUGUACACAUGUAAGCAUUCAAAUAUUUCAGGAAUUUAUUUAUAUGUUAUUUUUGCAGCUCAUUAAAUCAUAUCAAUGCCUUUUUAAUGUUUAAAUGUUUUGAUUUAAAGUUUAUUUUUUGUUUUGCAAAUCAUAUAAUUUUAAUAUAAAUAAAGUAUUUAUUCAGAAACACUUACUUCUACAUGUGUCAGGUCCAGAUACUCAAAGUCCUCUCAUCCUCGACUGGUGUGAUGACAACAGUUUUUUCUCUCAAAUCUAUACAUCCUCCAGCUAUGCUACCCUGACAUUUAUGGUAGAUAAACCAGCAGAGCAUACGAUUCAACUAAAGAUAUACUCCAGGGAGACUAAGU